AUGUAUACGAAUAGAACGAAAGAAUUAUUCGCAGGUUUAAUUGAACGUCCACCUCUUACCGAUCAAUUACUACAACGACCACCAUUUCGUUUUUUACACGAUAUUGUUAAAAUGACAAUGCAAAAUACAGGAUUUUUAAUGGAUAACUUUACAAAUGAGGAAAUGGACGCAUCGAAUAUAACAGAUAAAACAGCAAAAGCGAAUUUUUUGAAGACAUUGAUCAAAGCAUUGAACAGUGAUGGAUCGUUGAAAGAUGUGAAAGCUGCUAAAAUAAUUGCUGGGAAAGAACCUGAAAUGACGAAUUUGAUGUUGCAAAAAUUAGCAAUUGAUGCAGCAGCAUUCCGUGAUUCGAAGUUCAAAUGUACUGCAAAUGAAGAAAAACAAAAGAGGGAGAAAAAGGCGCAUAAAAAGGAACGUAACAAUAAAGGAGUUGAAAAAGAGAAGCGACAUUCAAGUAGAAGUAAGGAAAAGAGAAAGAAAGAAGGUGAAAGUAAACCGAAAAUAAUUAAGCAAACAGUUGAUUGUAAUGAAGGACGAGAUUCCGUUAAUGAAGGACAUUUGGGAAAUAUUACACCAGAAACAUCAUCAAUGAAAAUGGAGCAGGUGAUUCACACUGAUCAAGAAUCAUACGUAACUACAAAGGUGGAAGGCAAUGGUAUUGUUAAUAAUAUAACAAAUGAAAUUGAUCAACCUUCAAUAUCACAAGCAUUAAAGGAACAGCUGCGACUUUCAACAUCCUCUGGACGGCCACGUACUUCAGCUGGUAGAUUGGGUACUGCAGCAGCUCGACCGGCUCCGCCAAAAAUCAAGAAGAAACGAGUGAAGGAAAUUGAGCGAAAAGCAGACAUUAAUGCAAAAACAAGUGGAGUGAUUGUUGGUGAACGACAAGAAAAUGAUGAAUAUUUUGUAACAGAAAUUGAGCCAUCACAUGACGAAACUGAUCAAAUUAAUGCUGAUGAGCUAAUUACCGAAGAGCACGGCGGUUUGGUGCGAAAAAUUCUUGAAACAAAAAAAGGGCUAGAAGAUAAAAUAAGCAAGGAAGCUUAUAAUGCGUCUAUCAGUGUGUUUGAUGAAAAAGACCAAGCAAGGUCACAGCAAGAGUUAGCUAAUUUACAAAAGACAAUACAACAAAUAACACAAACAACACAUUUAUUGGCUCGCUUUCUCGACAAUACACAGGAAGAUGCCGAAAGUAUGUUUAAAGAAAUGGAAGAAUGGCGUUUAGAAAGUGCAAAAAAUUUACAUAACUUGCAAGAACGAAAAGCGAAUGCAGAAGGAUCAUCGGAGAAUUUAUUGCUAAAGCUGAAUCAAUUAGAUGAACAAAUCAAAGAAGUUAAAAGCGCUAUUGUUCAAACCAAAGCUAAAGUCUAUAGAAAACUUACUGACGCGCUCCUAUUGGAGGAAGCCGCGCAGCUAAAAACAGUUCUAUCAGAAUCGUCACUUUCAUAUGUUUCGGUAUCAGCAGCUGAUAGCCCUCCUUAUGUUCCAUCCGUUGCUGACACACUGAUUACUUGCCGUUCAUUCGUUUUUGCAGCUCGAGCGGCUGCUUGCUACAAGAAAUCUUCGAAAUAUGAAUCCUAUUUGGAAAUCAAAUAA